AUGGAAUCAAAGCCAAGAAUCAAGCUUAUGUUGAUGGCAAUAUUCGCCAUAAUCACAAAUGCAGUUACCGGGCUGUCCUGCAACUCGAGCGCACUGAAUACGACUGAAUAUCUAUACCCAAUCACCGUGGUUGGCACAACCAUAUUUGACGUUGCAAAGGCCACAAAUCGGGGCGCAUGUGAUAUCGCUCGCAUCAACAUCAUGGCCGAUGUAGAAAUUGUGCCCAAUGUCGGACAAGAAAUCCUCAUUCCACCACAAGUCUGCGAACCCGACAAUGAGUCUUGUAUCCUACCAUGGAACAACGAGACAACCAACGAAUGCAUCAUGGGUGGUCCACGCUUAUACUACACUGUGAAUGGUGAUACAUACGAACGCAUUGCUCUCAAACGACUCAACAUUACAGUAGAGUCUCUAGUCGGGGACGGCAUGAGCAAUCAAAGCGCCUCCGAUCCUCUAGAGCCGGGACAAUACGUCAAAAUUCCACUCUGCUCACCCAGCCAAUGUGUGAUUCAACCAUAUACAUUUACCUACGGUGUUUAUAAGGACUUGGCCGAGGAAUAUGGGACUACUGUCGGGCAAAUCAUGAUGCUUAGCCCAACAUACAAUUACAGCAGCAGUGCAUAUACGGGGGCCGGGGGUCCAUCUAUCGACCUGGCAAUUAACUGUACUGCUUUGUCCUCUAAUAUUACAGUGAUUAGCUAG